AUGCAGCCGGGAGGGGGGGAGGAGAGAGAGGGGGCGUUCUGUCCUUCCGACGGCUGGCAGACCGGAACGGGGACGGGGAUGCUGGAUGGCAGAGGUGGCAGGCGAGCAGAGGACGAGCGUGCAGAGAGCUCGACGGACGGCGAGGGCGAGAGAGGUGUUUCGAACGGAGAGACCGAGCAGACAAGAGAGCAGCCUGUGGAAAUUUUCGCUACGUGUAUCCCCACUGUCGAGGCCGGUAGCGACUACCUGUGGGACAGCGGGCGCUCACACUGCCGCCAAGGUCACCAGUACACGUGUCCUGCGAUUGGCCCUGCAGGGGUGAAAGCGUAUAGGCGCUGCGAGAUGCCUUCAUAUUCACGACAUCGCGUACGGGUGCGAGCGCGAUACGAGCACGGCCCUGAAGCUUGCCCUACGAGCGCACACGCGCACGCACACGAGCCAGCCGCUCAUUGCAGGACCGCCCAGGACUCCCUGGCCGAGGUCCUGCCAGCGGCUUUGCCGGCUUUGCAUACGACGUACCCCGUACGAACCCAGGCAUCGCAUUCCUAUGCGGCUGACAAGGCUGCACCGCCGCCGUGUUGCAGCAGAGCCCGUCACAUCACCUUUUUCCCUGGCCGUGUGACUGGUCAGUCUGGUGCCAUCACGGCUCGAUACGACUGUGCUCAAAUCGCGUCCAAGCAGAAAGAACGGGCUCUUGCGAGCCACUGA